AUGGCAACGUUCACCAGAAUAUCCGAUGACGAGGCUCCAUCCAUUGAAGUUCAUCCGUCGCAUAAGCUCUCCGAGAUCAACGACAACAUAUAUGGAGGAUUCACAGAGCACAUGGGCCGCUGCAUCUACGGUGGUAUAUAUGACCCAGGAAACCCUUUGUCCGAUGAGCAUGGGUACCGGAAAGACGUUAUUGAAGCUCUCAAGGACUUGAAUGUCCCCGUGGUCAGGUAUCCGGGUGGGAACUUUGUUGCCACUUACCAUUGGCUAGAUGGCGUCGGCCCGAGGGAAAACAGACCAAAGAGACCUGAACUUGCCUGGAUUGGCGUCGAGACCAACGAAUUCGGCACAGAUGAAUUCCUAAAGUGGUGUGAGGUUGUCGGCACGGAACCGUACCUGUGCCUCAACUUUGGCACCGGAACUCUUGAUGAAGCCUUAGGAUGGCUUGAAUAUUGUAAUUCCAGUCAGGAUACAUAUUACGCAAACUUGCGUCGUCAGAAUGGACGUGAGGAACCAUACAAUGUCAAGUACUGGGCCCUCGGGAACGAAAUGUGGGGCCCGUGGCAAGUCGGCCAGAUGACGAAAGAAGACUACGCCAAACGCGCAUACCAAUGGGCAAAAGCUCUUAAGCUUCUCGACCCCUCUAUUACCCUCAUUCUCUGUGGUCAAGAUGGUCUCAGUAGCUGGGAUUACUACGUCCUCAAAGAGUGCAUAAAACAUGACAUUCAUGGGCUAGGCGGAGAUCGCACGAAAAGCCUCAUUGAUAUGCAUAGCAUACAUAUUUAUACGGCAGAUAAGGAUCAUCUACCAAAUGCUACCGCCCCUCGAGCAGCAGAACGUGCGAUUCAAAUGACAAGCUCCCUCAUCGAUCUAGCACGAAUCGAGAACGGCGUACCACACGGGGUGCCCCGCCAAACCAUCUGCUUUGAUGAAUGGAAUGUCUGGGACCCCGCUCGAGCUCCGGGAGAGCAAGGUGCAGAAGAGAAAUACACCCUCAGUGAUGCUCUUGCCGUCUCCGUUUGGCUUAAUGUUUUCAUUAGACAGUCUGCAGUUGUUGGUAUGGCGAACAUUGCACAAUCAGUGAACGUCAUCUCUCCUCUCAUGACCACCAAAGAGGGUUUGGUCAAGCAGACUACUUGGUGGCCUCUCCUUUUGUUCUCGAAGUACAUGCGUGGCCAUACCAUCGCUUUGAAUGUUCGGAGUAGUGAAUAUACCGGGGUUACGAAUCCUCCGUGGAUUAGGGGAACAAUCGAGACGCCGUAUCUGGACUGCAGUGCGACCUUGUCGAAUGAUGGCCGCGUAAACCUAGCGGUCGUGAAUAUUCACGAGGAGAAAGGGUUCGCGACAAAAAUUAACGGCCUCAAGGCUCAGAAAGUUGAGGUCUGGAAGGUUACAGGGCAAAGUGCUGACGCGGUGAAUACGUCUGGGUCGGAGACCGUUACGGCUGUUAAGGAAGAAGAGUGGGAUGGGAAGGGCAUGUUCACUUUUCCCAAGCUCUCGCUGACGCUAUUACGCUGGGAAAUUUGA